UCAACGCUCGUUUGACAGGUCUGUCUUGCUUCUAAAAGUAUUGGCUAACACAUUAAUCGCUGGCAAUGCAUUUCAAAACAAAAUAUUAAUCUUUCUUUCUUUCACCUUCUUUUUACACUUCUCAUGAAAUCACAUCCAAAUGCUUGUCGAGAUUUCACAAUCCUGAAAGCCCGCCCAGCGGAGCAAGUUGUAACCCACUUAACGUCCUAAAGUGAAAGCUAGUCUAUAUCUCCAACUCUUCACAGCAAGCUAAUGUGUUGCAUCUUUUAAACACACAAAAUGACAGCUAUCGAGACAACGAGACCUCGCAGAUCAAUGGGUCUCUUUAACAAUAUCAAGUUUUUUGUACUGUGUCAUGGGAUACUACAGCUUGCUCAGCUCCUAGUGUCUGGUUACCUGAAGGGCUCCAUAACCACUAUUGAGAGACGAUAUGGAUUUUCUAGUCAGAUGUCAGGACUACUAGCAGCCUUCAAUGAGGUGGGGAACACGGUUCUCAUCGUGUUUGUGAGUUUUUUUGGGAGUCGCGUACAUCGGCCGAGAUGUAUUGGAAUCGGAGCAAUGAUCGCUAGCAUGGGGGUGUUCCUUAUAGCUCUACCUCACUUCAUUGGUGGAGAGUACAAGUACACAGGCUUCAAUAGCAACACCGAAGACAACAGCUCGGGUCUUUGCCAAUCACAGUACAUUUCCCAUGAGGAAGAAUCUAAUCAGAAAUGCAAUACAAAGAUGAAUAGCACAGUAGUGUAUCCAAUAUUUCUACUGGGUCAGUUACUGCUAGGCAUUGGCGGCGUCCCCAUACAACCUUUUGGGAUUUCCUACAUAGAUGAUUAUGCAGGAAAGAGGAGUUCACCCUUCUACCUAGGCAUACUUUUCGCAGUCACUGUAAUCGGGCCGGCACUUGGCUACAUGAUGUCGUCUUUCUUCCUUCGUUUCUUUGUUGAUGUUGAUAAGAUAUCUCCAGAAAAAAUACUUCUGAAAAAUGGUGACGCCAGAUGGGUUGGAGCUUGGUGGUUGGGAUUUUUGAUAGCUGCCACCCUCCUUUUCCUGACUUCUUUGCCAUAUCUGUUUUUCCCUAAGAAGAUGUCCAAAGAGGAAGUCGAAGAAAUUCCUGCAGAGCCAUCAACAGAGAAAAUGAUGGAAGACAAGAAGCCUGCAACUGACACGAUGGAAGAGGUUUCUCUCACCGAGUUCCUAAAAAGCUUCCCCACAAUCAUCAGCAGGACUCUGCGUACCCCAAUUUAUUUGUUGGUCGUGUUGGCUCAGGUGAAUAUCGCUGCCAUGGUUGCGGGACUUGCCACUUUCAUGGGCAAAUUCAUAGAGAAGCAGUUUGCACAAACUGCCUCCUUCUCUAAUAUGAUGAUGGGUGCCAUAAAUAUUCCUUCGGCCAUGGUAGGCAAAUGGCUGGAGGAGUUAUACUACGCAAGUUGGGUCUGACUGUCAGGUCCUCCGCAGCGAUGUGCACGGUAGCAGUUUUCGUAAGCUUUAUGUUUGCAAUUCCUCUUCUCUUCAUCGGCUGCCCCACACCAAACA